GCGGCAGCCGUAAGUCACGCUGCUGCCGCAAGUCACUACCGUCGCCCCCCGUCGAGAAGGCCGCGCAGGGGCAGUCGCGUCCCGCCGUUCCCAUAGCGACGCGUCCUCCGCCCCGUGGGACCCGCGGCUUCGGCCAACAUCUUCGAGCUUCGGCAAGCUCCGAAGGCCGCGGUAACUGGCGGCAGGUAGGAAACUAUGUGAAAGAAUCUUCUGAUGUAAUAAUUUCUGGGUGUCACUGGAACAUUUGAUGAUCAUUACGUUGGCAACUCCAGCCUUCUAUGGAAGGUCAGUAGAAGCAGUUGAUUUAUUCACCUCUACAGGAAUCAGACUCAGCCUAUUUUGGUUUUCGGUGAAUUAUGCCUUUUCGGUUUGGGACCCAGCCAAGGAGGUUUCCAGUGGAAGGAGGAGAUUCUUCAAUUGGGCUAGAAUCUGGGCUGAGCUCCAGUGCUGCCUGUAAUGGGAAAGAGAUGUCACCAACCAGGCAACUCCGAAGAUGCCCUGGAAGUCAUUGCCUGACAAUAACUGAUGUUCCUAUUACUGUCUAUGCAACAGUGCGAAAGCCACCUGCGCAAAGCAGCAAGGAAAUGCAUCCUAAAUAGCAUCAUUAAGUCUUUUGUAGAGGUUUGACUAGGUCAAGGGUAAUGGGCCAGUAUCAUCUUAUGAUCUGGUAAAACAAAUAAAAGUGGUGGCACCUUUGGAUGAUGACA